AUGACGUCGCGCGUGACACUUUUACCGCUACGUUAUGAUGAUAAUGGAUGUUCAGAGUACGAUUUCUCAGGAUUAUCGUCCAACAUAACCAACUUUAGCACAUUCUUGAUUAAUUUAAAUAAAACAGAAAACGUAACGGAUUAUCAAGAUCCAACUUACUACUCGCUGAAUUAUCGUAUUGUAGGUACUAUCUUCCAGGGUGCCAUUUUUCUCGUAGGCGCUCUUGGUAACACUAUGGUUGUAAUAGUUGUAACCAAGACCCGUAGUAUGCUGACCCCUACCAACUGUUAUCUUGUCAGUUUGUCUAUAGCUGACCUAAUGGUCCUCAUAGCUUCUGUACCCAACGAGGUCUUGUCUUACUUUCUUCUAGGAGAUGAGUGGAUCUGGGGUCGAGCUGGUUGUAUUAUUUUCAUCUUUCUUCAGUAUUUAGGGAUCAAUGCUUCGUCGUUGUCCAUCACAGCUUUCACAAUAGAACGGUACAUCGCCAUCUGCCAUCCCAUGAAGGCCCAGAUGGUUUGCACCGUCAACAGAGCCAAGAAGAUUAUAAUCGGGGUUUGGGUGUUCGCUUGUCUCUACUGCUCUCCUUGGCUUUUCCUAACAAAAACAGUUCCCAUUUACUACAAAGGCCACGCAGAUGUGGAAACCUGCACCUUUGCUCUUUCAAGAGAACAUUACCUGGGCUAUUUCUUUGCGGAUCUGAUGCUUUUCUAUAUUUUCCCGCUGCUUCUGUCUUGUGUAAUAUAUGGACUGAUAGCAAAGAUCCUCUUCACUAACGAACUGAACAAAGGACGCGAUAAUGGAAACGAAACAAAUUCAAUUUCAGAUUGGAAGAAGACUAAUAAUAACAGUGCUCGAGUGCAGGUGGUGAAGAUGUUGGCUGUUGUUGUAGCUGUAUUCGCUACACUAUGGAUGCCUUAUCGUGUACUUUUGGUGUACAACUCACUGGCUAAGGAACGCUAUAUGGAACUUUGGUUCCUGAUGUUCUGUAAAACCAUGAUCUUCAUCAACAGCGCUAUCAACCCGAUUCUGUACAACGCCAUGUCUGUCAAGUUUCGACGCGCCUUCAAGCGGACAUUGUCGUGUGGAAGAACAAGACAAGAAAAAGGAUUUCGAAGUGUAGCGAUAACGACACGUCUAAAUAUUACUCAGAAAACUACUGAAGCAUGAAGCACGUUUUUGUUUUGUAAGAAACACAACUUAUUUACCUACUAGUAUGGUGUAUAACGCCAAAACAACAAAACAUAGUACAGUUGGAAUGAUGUUUCUUACAAUAAUAAAAAAAAUAGAACAGAGAAACGGGAGAAACAAACAACGCAACUACAAUACUUUUAUAACAAUGAUAAUGGAACCUUUGAACUUUAUAGGUUCAAGCAAUACUUCUGGUGAGAUUUUGCUGUGGUAUUGAACAUGUGAGGGUCUUCUGUUAAGUAAUUCUUAACAAAUGAGCUACACUGUUUCGCUUAUUUAAUUUCGGUUGAAAUCUAUUGGCUAACGUAGUUUCUCUGACUAUUUAAUCAGAGUUAAAUGAACAAAAUGGAGCACUUCGUUUGUAUUAAUUUUGUAAGUAAGCGUUUUUUGCUUUAUAAUAUCUAUACAUGUAUAAACGAAUAUUUAAUGUCUAGAUUUGAGAGAACAUAUAGCAUGUUUAAAAGAUGUAUAACGUUGACAUUAACUCCAGUAAUUAUGACAAUAUAUGAAAAUAGGUAACAACUAAAGAUGAAUUAAUUUUAAUAACUCGUCAACAAUCUACUUUAAACCGAGACUGAUUUUUAUCAUAAUUGUAAUAUUCCCCACUCUGCUUGUUUGAAACGAUUAUUAGAUUAGUAUAAAUAAAUUGUUAUGAACAAAUAUUUUCAAUUCUAUUGUAACCAUGUUUUGACAUAUGCGCUAUACACUAUACUACUCAGUACCUAAUAAAUUACUGAUCAAAUAACAUUGCUU